CAUGUCUGCCUCUGGCUGUGGGCAGAUCCUGACAAAGCCCAAGACCAUGGACCAGAGAAGUCCGGGAUCGGCCGAAGAGGCCGGGCGUCCCCAGGAGAUGGCUGUGUCCGAGCCCGGGGGCUGUGCCGCUGGAUCAGUAACAUUCAAAGAUGUGACCAUGGCCUUUACCCAGAAGGAAUGGGAACAACUGGAUCCUGCCCAGAGGAAACUCUAUAAGGAUGUCAUGCUGGAGAACUACAGCAACCUGACCUCAAUGGGAUAUCAAGCUUCCAAACCAGACGUGAUCUCCAAGUUGGAGAAAGGAGAAGAGCUGUGGUUAGGAAAGGGGAGAAGACCCAGUCAGAGUCGUCUGAACAAAGUAGAAAGACCCAAGAAAACGGGCGCUGAUGGAAAAGAAAUCCAGCAAGAUAAGGAUCAACUAGAGAAGAACCCGGAAUCCCAGAAUGAGCUCAUUAGAGAAGUUGCAUUCAAGAAGAAAACUCUGAUUAAGAAGAAAAGCAGUGAGUGUGGUUCAUUGGGGAAAAAAAAUAAAACAAGUACAAAACAUCUUCCUUCCAAAAAAAGGCUUCAUAAAGUUGAUUCAUAUGGAAAAAGUCUGAAACAGAAUUUAGACUUACCUGGUCAUAUAAUAAAAUGUACGAAAAAGAAACCUGAUGAGGCUAAAGAACACAGGAAAUCAUUCAGUGACCGCUCAUCUGAUACGAAGAAAAACAAAAAUCAGAUCAGAAAAAAACUUGAGAAAUUACCCAAUGACAGCCCAUCUGAAAAAUGUGACAAAACUGAAAGUGGGAUGAAGCAUGAGAAAUUAUGCAAUCAAAGCUCAUCCCAUUCUAAGCGAGACAAAAUUCAUACUGGAAAGAAACAUGCUACAUCAUCCAGCCAUGGUUUAUCUACUAAGCAUAGCAAAACCAAGGCUGCUGUGAAACCCUAUGGAUGCAAUCAAUGUGGAAAGGUUCUCAGCCAUAAACAAGGACUCAUUGACCAUCAGAGAAUUCAUACUGGGGAGAAACCUUAUGAAUGUAACGAAUGUGGCAUAGCCUUCAGCCAAAAAUCACACCUUGUUGUACAUCAGAGAACUCACACUGGAGAGAAACCCUAUGAGUGUACUCUGUGUGGCAAAGCCCAUGGUCAUAAGCAUGCACUCACUGACCAUCUAAGGAUUCACACUGGGGAAAAGCCCUACGAAUGUACUGAAUGUGGGAAAACCUUCAGACACAGUUCAAACCUCAUUCAACACGUGAGGUCUCAUACAGGUGAGAAGCCCUAUGAAUGUAAGGAAUGUGGAAAGUGCUUUCGGUAUAACUCAUCGCUUACUGAACACGUGAGAACUCACACAGGUGAAAUACCAUAUGAAUGCAGUGAGUGUGGAAAAGCCUUUAAGUACAGUUCAUCCCUGACCAAACACAUGAGAAUUCAUACAGGUGAGAAACCCUUUGAAUGUACUGAAUGUGGAAAAGCAUUUAGCAAGAAGUCACACUUAGUCAUCCAUGAAAGGACUCACACUAAGGAGAAGCCCUACAAAUGUGAUGAAUGUGGAAAAGCCUUUGGCCAUAGCUCAUCUCUUACUUACCAUACGAGAACGCACACAGGUGAAAGUCCCUUUGAAUGUAACCAGUGUGGGAAAGCCUUUAAGCAAAUCGAAGGCCUUACUCAACAUCAGAGAGUUCAUACUGGGGAGAAACCCUUUGAAUGUACUGAGUGUGGGAAAGCCUUCAGCCAAAAGGCACACCUCAUUGUGCACCAGAGAACUCACACUGGGGAGAAACCCUUUGAGUGUAACGAAUGUGGAAAAGCCUUCAAUGCAAAGUCCCAGCUUGUUAUACAUCAGAGAUCUCAUACCGGAGAGAAACCCUACAAAUGCAAUGAAUGUGGGAAAGCCUUCAAACAAAACGCAUCCCUUACCAAACAUGUGAAAACUCAUUCGGAAGAGAAACCUCAUGAGUGACAUUAAUAUGAAAAAAAACUGUUAGAACCAACGGUUUUGUUUCAUCUUGAAAAUAUUCUGAAUGUAAGGAAUGUUGGGGAGUCUUUGAGAAGUCAUUUCUCAUGUUACAUGAGAGAAUUUGAAUAUGGAUAUUUACAUAAAAGCA